AUGGGCAACAAAUCUUACACACAUAUGGCAGCUGAAUAUGAUCCAUUGAAUUGGAAUGUUUAUUUCGAAUGUCGAGUAUACAAAAUAUUUAUUCCAAUAGAGAUCAUCAAUUAUUAUUUUCCACGUAGACUCCUCGCGUAUUCUACACAUACACAAGAAGAUAAAAUGAAUCGAUUAUAUUUUCUGUCUAGAGAAGUUGGUAUGAUCACUCGUACACCAUUUGAUGAUUAUAUCGAUCACAUACCGCAUCUAGUACCAUUUGGUUACGUUCUCGAAGAACUGUCAAGAGAAAUCGAUGCUACAAUACGUUACAAUUUUGUUAUUGCAGAUAAUUAUGCCAUAUUUAUCCGAAUGCCUCAUUUUAGAGACAGAUCUUCUCGUCUACUAUGCAAGCAUAUAACAAUAUCAAGUCGUGCACCAUUUGUCCGGUAUGCAGGCGAAAUCUGGUAUAGUAGAAAUGGUCAUUUUGUAGUAAAUAAUUCUUCCGGUACGUAUCGGCCACCAGAUCGAUUGAUCAAACAAGUGCUUACAUUCUUUCAUCAUUUAUCGCCGAAUGCAUAUUUCGACGGAGUGAGUUUUCGAAAUAGAACCUGA